AUGGCUAAAUUUGAAGCAGCGCUGAAGAAAAUUGACGACGUGCACUUAAAGGACCCAAAGCUGGUCAGCGUCAAGAAUGAAGCCGGAGAAGACGAAGAGAUACCGGAUGAGCUUCACUAUGCGAACAGAAUGAUGGAGUAUCUUCUUAAGCAUGAUCCGGAGCCGUCCGAGCUACUCCGUCUGGCUGUACGAGCACAACAUCUGCAGCGCUGGGAGAUUCCUCGCGCCGACUACCCAAUGAACCGAAUGGGCUAUCUCUCCUGGAGGACGGCGCAGAAGAAGCGCCAGGCAACUCACGCCGAAGAGAUCUGUCUAAGCUGUGGAUAUUCCGCUGAAGAAGCUGCGAGAGUGGCAGCCCUAGUGAGAAAGGAGGACAUGAAGCGGGAUGCCGAGUGUCAGGUUCUGGAGGAUGUUGCAUGUCUUGUGUUUCUGGCAGACCAGUUUGAGAAGUUCGAGCAGGAGCAUGGCGAGGAUAGGGGGAAGAUUGUGAAUAUCCUGAAGAAGACGUGGGCGAAGAUGUCGGAACGGGGUCAUGAGCUGGCCUUGCAGAUUAAGAUGUCUGACCAGGCAAAGGGUCUGGUUGCGGAGGCACUUGAAGCCUGA